AUCAGUUGCUCUGAAGGGGCUGCUAAUGCUAGGCAGAAACACAGCCAACACAUGGAAGCUCUCGCUUUUUUUAUGAGGGAGGCUAAACAGUAAUUAAGAGGUGCAGGAUGAAAAGAUGGCACAGUCAGUGCUCGUACCACCAGGACCUGACAGCUUCCGCUAUUUCACAAGAGAAUCACUUGCAGCUAUUGAACAACGUAUCAAUGAAGAAAAAGCUAAAAAAUCCAAACAAGAACGCAAAGAUGAUGAUGAUGAAGAUGGCCCAAAGCCAAACAGCGACUUGGAGGCAGGAAAGACCCUGCCAUUUAUUUACGGCGAUAUACCUCCAGGAAUGGUAUCUGAGCCCUUGGAAGACCUGGACCCAUAUUACAUCAAUAAAAAAACCUUCAUAGUAUUGAAUAAAGGGAAGGCAAUAUUCCGAUUCAGUGCCACCUCUGCCCUGUACAUGUUAACUCCUUUCAAUCCUCUUAGAAAAAUAGCUAUUAAGAUUUUGGUACAUUCAUUAUUCAGCAUGCUUAUCAUGUGCACUAUUUUGACCAACUGUGUAUUUAUGACCAUGAGUAACCCUCCUGACUGGACAAAGAAUGUAGAAUACACAUUUACCGGAAUUUAUACCUUUGAAUCACUUAUUAAAAUUCUUGCAAGGGGCUUCUGCUUAGAAGAUUUUACAUUUCUUCGAGACCCGUGGAACUGGCUAGAUUUCACUGUCAUUACAUUUGCAUAUGUGACAGAGUUUGUGGACCUGGGCAAUGUCUCAGCGUUGAGAACAUUCAGAGUUCUCCGAGCUUUGAAAACAAUAUCAGUCAUUCCAGGCUUGAAGACUAUUGUGGGAGCCCUAAUUCAGUCUGUGAAGAAGCUCUCGGAUGUUAUGAUCCUGACUGUAUUUUGUCUGAGUGUAUUUGCACUAAUAGGGCUGCAGCUGUUCAUGGGCAACUUGAGGAAUAAAUGUCUGCAGUGGCCUCCAGACAAUUCUACUUUUGAAACAACUGUUAUUACCUACUUUAAUAGCUCUUUAGGUGAAAAUGGUACAUUUAUUAAUACAACAAUGACAAUAUUUAACUGGGAUGAAUACAUAGAAGAUAAAAAUCAUUUCUACUUCUUGGAAGGACAAAAUGAUGCUCUGCUGUGUGGCAAUAGCUCAGAUGCAGGUCAAUGUCCAGAAGGAUAUAUAUGUGUGAAAGCUGGUAGAAACCCCAACUAUGGCUACACAAGUUUUGAUACAUUCAGUUGGGCAUUCUUGUCACUGUUUCGAUUGAUGACUCAGGACUUUUGGGAGAAUCUUUACCAGCUGACACUACGUGCUGCUGGGAAAACAUACAUGAUAUUUUUUGUUUUGGUCAUUUUCCUGGGCUCUUUCUACCUGAUUAAUUUGAUCCUGGCUGUGGUUGCCAUGGCCUAUGAAGAACAAAAUCAAGCAACCAUGGAAGAAGCAGAACAGAAAGAAGCAGAAUUUCAGCAAAUGCUGGAACAACUGAAAAAGCAACAGGAAGAAGCUCAGGCAGCAGCAGCAGCUGCAGCAGCUGACUCAAGAGAUUAUAGCGGAGUAGGUGGAAUAGGUGGAUUCUCUGAAAGUUCUUCUGAGGCAUCCAAACUGAGCUCGAAGAGUGCUAAAGAGAGAAGGAAUAGAAGAAAGAAAAAAAAGCAAAAAGAACAAGCUGAAGGUGAGAAGGAUGAGGAAGAAUUUCGGAAAUCCGAAUCGGAGGACAGCAUCAAAAGAAAAGGCUUCCGAUUUUCCAUUGAGGGGAAUAGACUGACAUAUGAAAAGAGAUUCUCUUCCCCACACCAGUCUUUGCUGAGCAUUCGUGGCUCCUUGUUUUCCCCAAGGCGCAACAGCAGAACAAGUCUUUUCAGCUUCAGAGGUCGAGCAAAGGAUGUAGGAUCUGAAAAUGACUUUGCUGAUGAUGAGCACAGCACUUUUGAAGACAAUGAGAGCAGAAGAGAUUCUCUCUUUGUUCCUCAUAGACAUGGUGAACGGCGCAACAGUAACAUUAGUCAGGCCAGUAGGUCAUCCAGGACAGUACCUCCUCUUCCAGUGAACGGGAAGAUGCACAGCACUGUGGAUUGUAAUGGAGUAGUUUCUUUAGUCGGUGGGCCUCCAGCUCUGACGUCACCUACUGGACAGCUUUUGCCAGAGGUGAUGAUUGAUAAAGCAACCACUGCUAGCAAUGGCACUACUACAGAAACUGACUUAAGGAAAAGAAGGUCUAGUUCUUACCAUGUUCCUAUGGACUACCUAACAGAUCCUAGUGCAAGGCAGCGAGCAAUGAGUAUAGCCAGCAUGCUCACAAACACAAUGGAAGAACUUGAGGAAUCAAGACAGAAAUGCCCACCAUGCUGGUAUAAAUUUGCUAACACUUGCUUGAUUUGGGACUGCUGCACUCCCUGGCUGAAAGUCAAACAUAUUGUAAAUUUGAUUGUGAUGGACCCCUUUGUUGAUCUGGCCAUUACUAUCUGCAUUGUUCUAAACACACUGUUCAUGGCCAUGGAGCACUAUCCAAUGACAGAACAGUUUAGUGGUGUCCUUUCAGUGGGAAACCUUGUGUUUACUGGAAUUUUCACAGCAGAAAUGUUUCUCAAGAUAAUUGCCAUGGAUCCUUACUAUUAUUUCCAAGAGGGCUGGAAUAUUUUUGAUGGUUUUAUUGUGAGUCUUAGUUUAAUGGAACUUGGCCUUGCAAAUGUAGAAGGAUUAUCUGUCCUUCGAUCAUUCCGAUUGCUUCGAGUUUUCAAGUUGGCAAAAUCUUGGCCAACUCUAAAUAUGCUGAUUAAGAUUAUUGGCAACUCAGUGGGAGCUCUGGGCAAUUUGACCCUGGUGCUGGCCAUCAUUGUGUUCAUUUUUGCUGUGGUUGGGAUGCAGCUUUUUGGGAAAAGCUACAAGGAAUGUGUCUGCAAGAUCUCUAGCGACUGCGAACUUCCACGCUGGCACAUGCACGACUUUUUCCACUCUUUCUUGAUUGUAUUCCGAGUGCUGUGUGGAGAAUGGAUAGAAACGAUGUGGGACUGCAUGGAGGUUGCAGGCCAAACUAUGUGCCUUACUGUCUUCAUGAUGGUCAUGGUGAUUGGAAACUUAGUGGUACUCAACCUGUUUCUUGCCUUGCUCCUGAGCUCCUUUAGUUCAGACAACCUUGCAGCUACAGAUGAUGAUAAUGAGAUGAACAAUCUCCAGAUUGCUGUGGCAAGGAUUCAGAAGGGUAUAGAUUUUGUGAAGAGAAAAGUGCGUGAAUUCAUCCAAAAAGCCUUUGUUAGAAAGCAGAAAGUUUUAGAUGAAAUCAAACCUCUUGAAGACCUAAACAACAAAAAAGACAGUUGUAUUUCCAACCACACGAUAGUAGAAAUAGGAAAAAACCUUGCCUACCUUAAAGAAGGAAAUGGAACUACCAGUGGCAUAGGCAGCAGUGUGGAAAAAUAUGUUGUUGAUGAAAGUGAUUACAUGUCCUUCAUAAACAACCCAAGUCUCACUGUGACAGUACCAAUUGCUGUUGGGGAAUCUGAUUUUGAAAAUUUAAAUACAGAGGAGUUUAGCAGCGAGUCAGACCUGGAAGAAAGCAAAGAGAAAUUAAAUGCCUCCAGUUCAUCAGAAGGUAGCACAGUUGAUAUUGGACUACCUCCAGAAGGGGAGCAGCCAGAAGUAGAACCUGAAGAAUCUCUGGAGCCUGAGGCUUGUUUUACAGAAGGCUGUGUGCGAAGAUUCAAGUGCUGUCAAGUCAGUGUCGAAGAUGGGAAAGGGAAAAUCUGGUGGAAUCUUAGGAAAACAUGCUAUAAGAUUGUUGAACACAACUGGUUUGAGACCUUUAUUGUCUUCAUGAUUCUCCUCAGCAGUGGUGCGCUGGCAUUUGAAGAUAUAUACAUAGAACAACGUAAGACUAUCAAGACCAUGCUGGAAUAUGCUGACAAAGUUUUUACUUACAUCUUCAUUCUGGAAAUGCUUUUAAAAUGGGUGGCUUAUGGCUUUCAAACCUAUUUCACUAAUGCAUGGUGCUGGCUGGACUUCCUCAUUGUUGAUGUCUCUUUGGUUAGCUUAACAGCUAAUGCCUUGGGCUACUCAGAACUUGGUGCGAUUAAAUCCCUUAGGACACUAAGAGCUUUGAGACCUCUGAGAGCCUUGUCGCGAUUUGAAGGGAUGAGGGUGGUUGUAAAUGCCCUCUUGGGAGCAAUUCCAUCCAUUAUGAAUGUGCUUCUUGUUUGCCUUAUAUUCUGGCUGAUCUUCAGUAUCAUGGGUGUAAAUCUAUUUGCUGGAAAAUUUUACUACUGUGUUAACACUACAACUGAUGAGAGAUUUGAUAUCAGCCAAAUCAACAAUUACAGCCAAUGUGAGGAGCUCAUUAAAAACAAUGAAACUGCCAGAUGGAAGAAUGUGAAAGUUAACUUUGAUAAUGUAGGCCUUGGUUACCUUUCUUUACUUCAAGUGGCUACAUUCAAAGGAUGGAUGGAUAUCAUGUAUGCUGCUGUGGAUUCUCGUAAUGUUUUGGAUCAGCCUAAGUAUGAAGAUAACCUAUACAUGUAUCUUUACUUUGUCAUCUUUAUAAUCUUUGGAUCAUUCUUUACCUUGAACCUUUUCAUUGGUGUCAUCAUAGACAAUUUCAACCAACAGAAAAAAAAGUUUGGAGGUCAAGAUAUUUUUAUGACAGAAGAACAGAAGAAAUACUACAAUGCAAUGAAAAAGUUGGGUUCAAAGAAACCACAGAAGCCUAUACCACGACCAGCAAACAAAUUCCAAGGCAUGGUCUUUGACUUUGUAACAAAACAAGCAUUUGAUAUCAGUAUCAUGAUACUUAUCUGCCUUAACAUGGUCACAAUGAUGGUAGAAACAGAUGACCAGAGUGAAGACAUGGAAAACAUUUUAUAUUGGAUUAACCUUGUGUUUAUUGUACUUUUCACUGGAGAAUUUGUCUUGAAAUUGAUUUCACUUCGCCAUUACUACUUCACCAUCGGCUGGAAUAUUUUUGAUUUUGUAGUUGUCAUUCUUUCCAUAGUAGGAAUGUUUUUAGCUGAGAUGAUUGAGAAAUAUUUUGUGUCUCCUACUUUGUUCCGAGUCAUCCGACUUGCCAGAAUAGGUCGCAUCCUGCGUCUCAUUAAAGGCGCAAAGGGAAUCCGCACUCUGCUUUUUGCUCUGAUGAUGUCUCUUCCUGCUUUGUUCAACAUUGGCCUGCUGCUCUUCUUGGUCAUGUUUAUCUAUGCCAUAUUUGGCAUGUCCAACUUUGCCUACGUUAAGAGGGAAGUUGGAAUUGAUGACAUGUUCAACUUUGAAACAUUUGGCAACAGCAUGAUCUGCCUAUUUCAAAUUACCACAUCUGCUGGCUGGGAUGGCUUGUUAGCCCCAAUUCUUAACAGCGGGGAGCCGGACUGUGACCCUCAUAAAGAUCACCCAGGGAGCUCUGUUAAAGGCGACUGUGGCAACCCUUCGGUUGGGAUUUUCUUCUUUGUCAGCUACAUCAUCAUAUCCUUUCUGGUGGUGGUGAACAUGUACAUUGCUGUCAUUCUGGAGAACUUCAGUGUUGCUACUGAAGAAAGUGCUGAGCCCUUGAGCGAGGAUGACUUUGAGAUGUUCUAUGAAGUCUGGGAGAAGUUUGAUCCAGAUGCAACACAAUUCAUAGAGUUCAGUAAACUAUCAGAUUUUGCAGCUUCGUUAGAUCCUCCUCUUCUCAUAGCAAAACCAAACAAGGUCCAGCUGAUUGCAAUGGAUCUGCCCAUGGUAAGCGGUGACAGAAUUCACUGCCUUGACAUCUUGUUUGCUUUCACAAAGCGUGUGUUAGGGGAAAGUGGGGAGAUGGAUGCCCUCAGGAUACAGAUGGAAGACCGAUUUAUGGCAGCCAAUCCUUCCAAAGUCUCCUAUGAACCAAUCACAACCACAUUAAAAAGGAAACAGGAGGAGGUAUCUGCUGUUGUUAUUCAACGUGCUUUCAGGCGUCACCUUUUAAGGCAGAAAGUCAAAAAAGUUUCAUGUAUAUUUAAUCAGGAUAAAGGUAAAGAUGAGGAUGAUCUGCCCAUGAAAGAAGAUAUGAUUAUGGAUAAAUUAAAUGAGAACUCCACUCCAGAGAAAACAGAUAUGACCCCAUCCACAACCUCCCCACCAUCCUAUGAUAGUGUAACAAAGCCAGACAAGGAUAAAUAUGAAAAAGACAAAUCAGAAAAAGAAGAUAAAGGUAAAGACAGCAGGGAAAGUAAAAAGUAACACAUAAUUCUGUUUGCGAUAAACUGUUUACAGCCUAAGAAAAUAUGUAUUUGUGUCCACAGGACUCCUGUAGGAGGUA